AUGCAUCAAAUCGCGGUUCGUGCCCAAUGGGAAAACAGCGAGAACUCAAUUCAAUUGCGAUUUAGUAACGAGAUCCCGCAUAACAUUGGACAAUGCGUUGAUGUUUGCGCCAAAUGUGAUGCCCUGCACUGGAUCGCGGAGCGAACGCGCAAUACGAGAACUAUGGGACCAUCAACUUAUUCAACUUGCUGCCAAGGCGGUAAAGUGUUACUUCCCGAACAUUACUUCGAUUUUCCACCUGUGCCUCCGUUUCUACAAAAUCUGUUCACUGGCAAAGACAAUUGUACGCACUUUGCCUCCAAUUGUCCACGUGCUUCCAAAGAGUUGACCGUCCUUAAUUCCAAGGGGGCACUUUACCACGACAUGGGAUUGAUCCUUCCCAGGCCCGGCACAAGAGCCUCAUUCGCGCAGAUCUACGUUAUGGGAACACAACUCGAGGACGAGGCGUCACACCGGAAACUUAUGUCACGCUCGAAAGAAGUAGAUGUUGGAAUAAUCGCCGAGAUUCAAGACUUUAUGUAUGAACACAACCCGUACGCUCAACAAUUCAGAAUGGCCCAUGAUAUCCUGGGCACGGCGGGCUCGAUCUCCUUAAAGUUAAAAUCAGUUACGCCGACUGAGGUGGGCUCUGAAGGUCACGACAUUCGGACAUACUGCCGACCCACGGUGAACAAGGUUGCCAUGAUUGUCGCUGGUGGGGGCGUAGUAGGGGAAAAGGAUAGAGAUUUGAUCUUACAUAGUGUUGAUGGUCAAUGGGAAUGCGUUUCAGAGCAACACACUGGCUAUUUACCUUUACGGUACCCACUGCUUUUCCCCUACGGUCAAGCGGGGUACGACGAAUUUUGCAGAGUCCCAACGCCAAAUAGAGUUCGCCACUGA